AUGGACGAAUCGCACAAAAUGGGCUACUUGGGGGCGACCUCAUACGUCAUCGGAAAUAUUAUUGGGUCCGGUAUUUUCAUCACACCCGCCUCAAUUCUUCGAAGUGUUGAUAGUAUUGGGUUGAGUUUGAUUAUUUGGGUUUUAUGCGCGGUCAUUGCCAUUUUGGGUGCUCUUUGCUAUAUUGAGCUUGGAACGUCUAUUCGAGAAGCUGGCUGUGAUUUCGCUUACAUUUGCUACGUUAAAUGGUAUUCAAUUGCAUUUGCCUUCAUGUGGGUUUCAGUCCUCAUGACAUAUCCAGCGACAAUUGCAAUUUGUGCGGAAACCUUCGGACAAUACUUGCUUGAGGGUAUCAAGCAGUAUUAUAAAAUUGAUGAGGAUUGGAUUCCAACAUGCCAAAAGCUGUUUUCGUUUUCACUUCUUUGGCUCGUAACAUGGAUGAACUUUUUUUCGCUGAGCAAAUUUGCUGCUCGAUUUCAAAUUAUCGCCACUGUCGCCAAACUUCUAUCAUGCUUCCUUAUUAUUGCUACGGGAUUUUACUACUAUUAUGUCAAAGGAUGGACUGGGUAUUUGGAAAAACCAAUGCAAGGGUCAAGCUAUGGUCUCGGAAAUCUGAUUAUGGGAUUUUAUGGAGGUCUUUGGGCAUAUUCAGGAUGGGAUGUCUUGAAUUAUAGCACCGGUGAAAUUUCGAAGCCAAAGAAGAACGUGCCACUCGCUCUUCUUUCGGGAAUCAUUGUUGUUUCCAGUGUCUACGUUGCAAUUAACCUCGCUUAUUUUGUGGUUCUUGACGUGGAAACUGUUAAGCAUUCAGAUGCUGUUGCAGCGGUGUUCAGUAGUGAAACCCUCGGCCCGUUCGCCAAUAUCAUUCCAUUCCUUAUUGGAAUUCUGCUCAUCGGCUCGCUGAACAGCAAUUUGUUCUCUGGCAGCCGUUAUAUGUACGCAGCUGCCCGCCAAGCCCAUCUUCCAGCCUGCUUUUCAUGCGUGAACACCGAAACCGAUUCUCCAAGAGUCGCCGUUUUUGCUCAGAGUCUUCUUGCCAUGAUAAUCACCUUUGUUGGCGACUUGGACACCUUGAUUGGUUACGUGAUGUUCGGUUUCUGGGCUCAACGAAUCUUCAGCUUGGUUGCUCUUCUCAUCAUUCGUCAUAAACACAUUCCGGUCCAUGCUGAUGCUGUUCGAAUGCCCCUUAUCUGCAUCUACUUAUUCUUAAUAACCACCAUCGCGUUGGUCAUCAUUCCAAUUUUCAACGAAUUCAAUGUCACCGCUCUUGCCAUUGGUAUUCUCAUCGCCGGUUUUGGGCUUUACUAUGUCUUCAUUUACAAAUCGAAUUUCCCACUUUGGAUGAUUUACCUGAAUCAACAAGUCACCCUUCUUUGUUGCAUUGUCUUUGAUUGCCUCCCAGAUGUUAAAGGACAUGUAUUGCUCGCGUCCGAUAGCUCACAAGCACUUCUAACUAAAAGACUAUCAGCCACUCGGUUAUCCGACGAAAGCCUUCCGGAUCUUCAUUCCGAUGAAAAGAAUAUUAUGCGCCGGAACCCGAGCUCCGCUGGUCUCAAAAUGUUCGUGCCAACUUCUUUGGUCGACCUUAUAACAGAUGUACAGUAA